CUGCAUACAGGGGGAAAGGGUGUUGUGUUUCUGGCCAAUGAUGAUAUUAAGUUUCUGAUUUCCUUUCAGGUCGACAACAUAUCAUAUGAGACGACGCCAAACGAUCUGCGUCGUUUGUUUGAUAAAUAUGGUGAAAUUGGCGAUAUUCACAUUCCGCGUGAUCGCUACACCAGCCAGAGCAAAGGAUUUGGCUUUGUGCGCUACUACAGUCGCCGUGAUGCGCAUUAUGCGAUGGAACGGAUGGAUGGCCGUUGGGUGGAUGGCCGGGAGAUUCGUGUAGCGAUGGCGCGCUAUGAGCGCCCGAUUGAUGAGCGAAUGCGAAAUGCUGGCUAUCGGUCAGCACGACGACGGUAA